UGUUAUCGCGGAGCGGAGCCGGGGCGGGUGUGUCCGGUUAGAGCCCGAGCGCGCCGAGCCGCCUUCGCCCCGCCCCGCCCCGCUCCGCCCGGCCGGACCCUCCCCCCCGCUCCCCCUGGCGCGGAACCGCCCGGGAGCCCGGGCCUCGCCCUGCAGCCCCGGCCCGCGCGGCGGGGAGGAGGGAGCGGCGGGGCGGGACCCGCAGCCGGUACCUGCUGAGCCUCUGCGAUAGCCCUGGGGCUGGUGUUGGAGUUCUUGCAGCUGACCUCUCCUUUUUUAUGCUCUUUGGCUCUCCAUGCGAGCCAGAGACAAAUGGAUGCAAUCGCCAGCGGCAGCCUCAAGAGGAAGUUCGAAGAUGUGGAUGUGGGCUCGCCCAUCUCCAACUCGGACGAUGAGAUCUCCAACAGCGACAGCGCCGACAGCUGCGAUAGCCUCAACCCGCCAAGCACCAUUGGCUUCAUACCCACAUCCAUCUUGAAGAGGCAGAAACAGCUGCGCAGGAAGAAUGUGCGUUUUGACCAGGUGACCGUGUACUAUUUCGCCCGGCGCCAGGGCUUCACCAGUGUGCCCAGCCAAGGGGGCAGCUCCCUGGGCAUGGCCCAGCACCACAACUCUGUCCGCAGGUACACGCUGUGCGAGUUCGCCCAGGAGCAGGAGGUGAAUCAUCGGGAGAUCCUCCGGGAGCACCUCAAGGAGGAGAAACUCCAUGCCAAGAAAAUGAAGCUGACAAAGAAUGGCACAGUGGAGUCAGAGGAGGCAGAUGGCCUGACCCUGGAGGACGUGUCGGACGAUGACAUCGACGUGGAGAACGUGGAAGUGGACGACUAUUUCUUUCUGCAGCCACUGCCCACCAAGCGGCGCCGAGCCCUGCUCCGGGCCUCCGGGGUUCACCGCAUCGAUGCUGAGGAGAAGCAGGAACUGCGCGCCAUCCGCCUGUCCCGAGAGGAAUGCGGCUGCGACUGCCGCCUGUACUGCGAUCCUGAAGCCUGCGCUUGCAGCCAAGCGGGAAUUAAAUGCCAGGUGGAUCGCAUGUCCUUCCCGUGUGGCUGCUCCAGGGACGGCUGUGGGAACAUGGCCGGGCGAAUAGAAUUUAAUCCCAUCCGGGUGCGGACUCACUAUCUCCACACCAUCAUGAAGCUGGAGCUGGAGAACAAGCGGCAGGUGAGCCGGCCCCAGGCCCUGGAGGAGGAGUCUCUGCACGGCUCCGGCAACGACUGGCUGGGAACCCAGCCCUCGGAGACGCAAGACUUCCAGGAGUUCAUGGCGGAGAACGAGACAGCCGUCAUGCACCUGCAGACGGCGGAGGAGCUGGAGAGGCUGAAGGCUGAGGAAGACUCCAGUGGUGCCAACAUAGAGAGCUUAGGAGUGUGCAUCCUUGAGGAGCCUCUGGCCGUGCCCGAGGGGCUGUGCCCAGGCCUACCCACACCUAUUCUCAUUCAAGCCCAGCUCCCUCCAGGUUCAUCUGUCCUGUGCUUCGCAGACAGCACCGAGCAGGCAGCCUCGGCUGUGGGCGACCAGUCCUACUUGAACAAUGGGCCGGUGGUGUACUACCAGGUGGACCAAAGGUCCGUGCUGGGGGUGAAGGGCGAGAGUGGCACGGAGGAGUCGGAGAUGCCCUCUCCUUACACAAAUGAGAAGGAUCUGAGCGUCUUCUCCGUCCCCAUGGCCUCGUUGGUGCCUUGCAGCAGAGCCGUGGCCCCGAGCAAGACGGAGACGGGGAAAGUAGCUGCCUUGUCUCUGGAGCCCUCCCUGCCCCACGAGAGCUGCAGGGCAACCAUGUCUCCUCCGUUCCGUACAAACGCUCAGUCGUCUGGACCAGAGCAGGCCCCAGAGAGAGCGUGUGAGCUGCCUUCCCCGGAGGAGCGCUCCCUGGGGCCCGCCCUGGCCGUGUGACCCAGCCCUUGGCCCCUCCACGUGCUUUCUCUGAUGUCUAUUUAUUGACAGAUAUUUUAUCGAGUGGCAGUGGCCGCUGAGGAUUAUUUAAUUCGGGUGGGGUGGGGUGGGGUGGGGGGAGCUGGGCUGCUUUGUACAUAUGAUUUAAAAGAAAACCAAUGAAACCAAGCGCUUGUGGCAGUCUCUUGAGGGGGUGGGGCAUCACGUCUAACACUGGAGGUGCUGCUCCGUGUGCCAGAUGAGGGAGGAGGCUCAGCUGAGCUCCCUCCCAGUUGUGGAACUGGGUGUCUCCCCCCCGACCCCCCAGGGACCAUCCUAUGUGAAUCUGUGUCCGUCUCCUAUAAGCAAUAGUGCGAAGCUGCCUCUUGUUCCUCCCCUUCGAGCACUGGACUUGGUCUGUGGGGCAGCAGGGAUGCCUUUCCGUGGUUGCUUCCCCCUGUGAUCUCGAACGUGUUUGUGUGGCAGAGUCUCAUCCUGCUUCUCAUCCCAGGUGAAACUGACAACAUUCCUACCGUACCGUCUGCUUCAGCACUUGCCCUUGGAACCUCCUGUCUGAGCCCCUCCCCAGCAGCGGAACAGCCUGGGCUCUCCGCUCUCCCCCUGGUAACUGCCACCCUUGUCAUGCCCUGAAGAGAUGGCUUUCUGUGGAUCAAUCAUCCUCCACGACUGGUUACGUUUACUCUUUCAGCAUGCAACCAUUUUAUAAACUAACACCCAGCUCAGAGUCUCCUGCUUGUCAGUAGCUUUGUCCUGCCCCCCGCCCCACUGCCUCCCAGCACUGCAUCACCUGCCUGUUAUGGGCUUGAUGGAAUCCGUUCAUUUUUUUAAAAGUUUUUUUUUUUUUUUUUUUAAUGUGCUGAAUGUUUACUGGGCCAUUCUGUGACCCAUUGCCUGUAACUGACUCUACAGUCCCUGUGCUGGGCUGUGGGCUCCCUUCCCCAUGGCAAACCCUUCUGGGAGCUCCCUCUUUGGACCUGGGCUACUCCAAUGGAAUUGAUCUUCUCUGUGGAAGUAUGAAGGUUGGAUGGUAAAGACUGGUAACCUGGUGGACACGGGUGGGAGGAUGCCACCUGACUGUUUCCUAAUCAAGUCCAUGUUUUCUGUUUUAAUUGCACAGGAAGUGGAGUGGGGAGGGGGAAGACCAAGAAUAUGAUCCACAUGCUCACCUAAAAAAAAGCUUCCUGCCACCCAGUCGCUUAAUAGUGACCCUUUGUCCUGGCUCGGUCUAAACUGGAGGGCAAGAGGUUUGCAUGCAAUGGAAUUGCAGCCUUGGGUGACUGGGUGAGCAGCAAACAUUUCCGCUCUUGAAAGAAAUCGGCCCUUUCCCUAUUAGGGCUGUCUGUGAAUUCAGCAGAGAUUGCAAAGGUGCAAUACGUUGGUGGCAGAGAAGGUGCUGUGCUCUGGGCUUGCAUCCCAGCCUGGUGCAGGGAGGCACAUAAUCAUCAUUUUAAUAAGACACAGCAUAUUCCCCAGACUCUGGGGGAAAGGCUAAAACUUCUCAAAACUGCCACAAUUCCUGCCUUCCAGGCAGGUAGCAAAAGCACUUUUCUCCCUAGUCUCACAGGCAUCUUUCCCUCUGUGGCAAAAAGCUGGUACAGACCCCUUCCCCUGGGUCCCCUCAUUCUCCUGGCCCAAGGAGAACACAUCCAGGACCCAGCUGUAUUUCUCUGCACUGUACUUUCUGAAAGGCCAGGACCCAGCACAACUGCAGCACUAAACUUCUGCGAAAAGCAGAAAUACCUUUCCCUUCUCUUUCAGACUCGUGGAGCCUGCCGGGCUGCCGAAACAAUCUCGUCCAUUUCACUCUUCCAUUACAGAUUUCUCCCAUAGUAAGUAGCUAUAGCACUUAUUUUGUGCUGGAAGGAUACUAAGCAGUUGGUGGUGGGUCAGCUACAUGUUAACGCCUUGCUGGAUUUCUAGGGUGAACAGAGCUGUGUUUUGGUGACUGGUAUUUAAAAUCCACUUGCUGUCUGACUUCUUCCUGGCGCAGUGAGCAGUUAGAAGUGAACGUUGCGUUCAGCAAACUAGCUUUUCCUCUUUGGUUUAGACUGUGAACCUCCUCUGGCCUCAGUGGCCAUGUAUCCUUAAACAUCAAAUACCCAGGCCCAUCACCUGCCUGCUGGGGCUAUGGCCACAACCCCAUCAACAUGUGAGAAAUGGACAAGAACAGCUCACACUGGUGCAGGUGAUAUUUCUUCUCCCCCGUUUGUUACGGGGCACAAAUGAAAUCACUAAAUUCCCUAUUUCCAAAUUCCACACUCUGAGUUAUAAAGCUGCGUACUGUAGAAUAGAUAGAGCUGUCCGGCCCACCCCCAGGGCAGCUGUCUUGUCAAAAGUGAGUCCCUAAACAGGAUGCUGAAUCUUGCACUUGGUGCAGCCACAGCUGGGCAUCUCCUGUAAACAGCCCAAGCACGCUCCCUGCAUUUUUGUUGCCUUAAUUCCACAGCCAAUCCCCUUCCUCUGGGACAGCAAGAAGCGUAAAGGCUUUAAAAGUCAUUCUUGCAGUAGGGCAGCAACAGAGCUUGUGCUAUUGAGCACUUUAAGCUUCACCCCUUGGCCGAACUUUAAGCAGCAGAACAUGCGCUUGAGACUGGAAUUAAGCAUUCACACCUUUUCCUGGCAGAUCCCUUUGAAGCCUUUAGCAGGGGGAAUUCUCUCCCCAACAUUCCAAGAUGGUGCUGCCAGUGAGCAGGAAGAGGCUAGUUGAACCCACACGUAAAGACUAAAGCUCUUCUCCUCCUCCUCCUCCCCCCAUAUCCCCCAUGGAAUAAUGGUCACUUGCGCCAGUAGGACGAUAAUUCCCUCCACUUCGCACAGUUAGCUGACCUGGCUGUGUGUGUUGAUCAGGUGUUGAGUAACUGGAUUGGCCAUUUGCCAGACUGACACCGUGUAUGCAUAAGGGCUUUGGGCAUGCGGUCUGCUCCUAUGAGAAACGGCAGCUCUCCUGUGCGAGGGAAAGAAAGUGAGUGGUUCUGCCUGUGACAUUUAAUAGAUAAAAUCUUUGAUACUAAAGUUCCCUUCUUGAUUUGUAUCCCAGUCCUUCGAUGCUAUGGAAGCAAAUGAAACUAGGCUGGGGCCUUCUGGCGAUGUGUGGAAAUACACAGGCUGACCAGAGGCUGGACUGCUUUAAAUGAAAUUACAGAAGAAUCCUAGAGCAGCAGUUAGGCUGGGGGCUCUCACACUAAACUAAGAACUAAUAGGAUUUAUUCUAUUUUUACAAAGAUAACUAUGCUGUUUAAUAGUGCAAUGAAAGUGCAUUUUGGCCUUUUCCCUUCCCCACACACACUUCAUGACACUAAUGCUGGUACUGCACUGUCUCCUCCUAAACCACUUUUGUUAGCCAUGUAGUAAACCCAACAGCCCAUCUCACUUCUGGUGCUAUUGAGCUGUUGCCUGUUCCCGAUCUGAGACAUUUUGGUUCUAGCCCUGCUUCUCUUCCUAUUUAAAUAGUGACUUCGCUACUUCUAACUUCUCCGGUCUCCUCUCACACACUGUAUACAGGUGGAAUUUUCAAUGUGAAUCCAAAGCUUGUCAGGUUCUCUGCAUUUUUUUUUUUUGGCCUUUUAGGUUCUUUUCAUUGUGAUAAUGCUGUAUUUAAAGAGAAUAUUUAAGUGUAAAAAUAAAGAAAUGCUCAAACUUG